AGAGUUGUGUACCUUUGUAUGUAAUUAGCCAAAAAGCAUUAAUAUAAUCAUACAUAUAUAUGUGAAAAAUCAGAGCACACACAUCUCAAGACAUGUCAAUAUGGAAAAGGGUUUACACGUGGUGGUCAUAUAGUAACAUAGUCUAGAGCAUAUUGAACAGGUAAAAAGCAUGUGGAAAAAAGUAUUGACAGCAAUAUGAAGUAACAGUAACAGUGUGUUUACAGAUAUUGAUUUGUUCAGCAGUGUCAAAUUUGAUAGGUAUAACAAUAUCUGUGUGAAACAGUUAGUAUUGAUUGGAUACAGAUGAUACACUAUGUAAUAAUCUCUGUAAAUGAUAGAUCUAUAAUCCUAAUGGUUGCAAUAGUGAUGGGAUAAGCUGUUAUUAACCUUCUAUUUCAAAAAUGGAUAUUUAUUUGUUUAUUUUCUUAAUUGAAUGAAAACCAUAAGUGGAGUACAGUGUGGAACAGAUGGUACACUCCAUCGUUACAAAUUUAGGUACAAUACAGACCCAGGUGAGCAGACAUGUUGUGACUGUAUGAUGGGGAUGAAGUUGAAGAAAUCCAUGUGUUAUGUUGUUAUUUGUUUUAUCAGUGUUAUUUUGAUUUGUUAUAAUUUUCUACAAUGUGAUAAAAAACCAAACAUGAUCAUGGUCCCGUCAGAACGAGAGAAAUUUGUCUAUACGCGACAGGGAAAGGCAAUCGAAUAUGGCAGAGAAAGUCCUUUGGUUUUUAUUGGUGGGAUGCCAAGAAGUGGUACAACUCUAAUGAGAGCAAUGAUAGACGCACAUCCAGAUGUACGCUGUGGAGAAGAAACACGCAUUGUUCCAAGGAUACUCGGAAUGCGAGCUCAGUGGUAUAAAUCAGAAACAGAAAAAAGACGAUUACAAGAAGCAGGAAUUUCUGAUUUUGUAAUUGACUCUGCUAUUUCAGCUUUUGUGUUAGAAGUGAUAGCUAAGCAUGGCGAAGCAGCACCACGGCUGUGUAAUAAAGAUCCAUUUACUCUGAAAUCCAGUGUCUACUUGAAAAAAUUAUUCCCAAAUUCCAAGUUCUUGUUUAUGAUUCGUGAUGGACGGGCAACAGUACAUUCUAUCAUUUCACGUAAGGUGACCAUUACAGGUUUUGAUUUAACAAGUUACAGAAAUUGUCUGUCGAAAUGGAACCAUGCCAUGGAGUCAAUGUAUGCUCAGUGUUUACAUGUUGGUGCUAGACACUGUUUACCUGUGUAUUAUGAACAGUUGACAUUGCACCCUGAAUUGUGGAUGAAAAGAAUUCUAAGAUUUCUAGAAAUUCCAUGGAAUGAUACAGUACUACAUCAUGAAGAUUAUAUUGGAAAAGAGAUCUCUCUGUCUAAGACAGAGAAGUCUUCUGACCAGGUUAUACGUCCAGUAAAUAUUGAUGCCAUGUCCAAGUGGGUUGGACAUUUACCAGCAGACGUUAUCAGGGACAUGGCUACCAUUGCUCCAAUGUUAAGAAUUCUGGGCUAUGAUCCGGAGUCCAAUCCACCAAACUAUGGAGCUCCAGACCCCAGAGUUGCUGAUAAUACGAUGCACAUGCAUCAAAAUGAGGCUUUUUGGAGGAAAAAAGAGGAAGAAUUAUUAAAAUCGGAACAAAGACAAAGAAAAAGACAUACAGAAAAAAGUUGAUGAAAAUUAGUAGAAAUGUUGUUUCAUAUGUUAAACCUAUAUUGUAUUUCUGAUUGUAAGUGAUUUGGUAAGAAAACAGCCUCGGCAUGGAGAUUUGGUUACAUGAGAGGAGUGUGGUAAAUCUUUUGUUUAAAUUAUGUAUUACAAUAAAAACCAAUAUUUUUUACAAUCAAAGGAGACAUACACUACUUUGCCACCAAAAAUCCACAAGAAAUGGAAGUGUAUUUGAAAUGUAUGUUUUAUGACCAAAGAAAAUGUUAUUACUAGGCUUAGGUAUAUUUUACAAGGAACUCCUACUUAGGAAUCCUGAAAUGUACCUUCUAGAUCAUGAUCACACUAUGAAAAGAAAUACUUGGAACUUAAGAUCUAUAAACUGUAAGAGGAGCAAUAUAAUCAAAAAAGGACCUUAAUAGAAAAAAUUCUUGAAGUAGUCAAAUCCUUUGUAAAACUUGAUAAUGCAUGUACAUGUACAUGUGACGUGGCUGUCUGAAUUACACAUUUAAUGUAGUCAUAUACCUGUACAAAAUAAAUAUAUACCUGGAACUUGUUUUAAAGAGAUUACUUUUAUAAGAUCUGUAUUUUGAUUGGCAGACAACAAUCACAAGGAAUUCCAAAUUUAAGUUUUAUUUCCCAAUAAAAUGCAAUAUUUAUGACUGCAUGUGCUUUCCAUGACAACUUUGCCACAAUGUGUUAUCGUCUUGAACAUGCAUGAAAUAUUUGCCACUGGACAUUAAACAACCCAACAAUAAAUAAUAGAAAAACAAGCAAACCGCUUGAUUUAACUUGUAUAACAAUAAGGUGACGUGGUAUGAUUGCCAAUGAGACACCUAACCACCAAAGUUCAAAUGAAGUGAAUGUAAGCAAUUAUAGGCAACCAUACGGCCUUCAACAAUGAGAAAAAUCCAUACUGUAUAGUCAGCUAUAAAAAAUAACUUGUAAAUAGAAUGACUGAAUUAUUUGUGUUAAUCUCUAAACACAGAUUACACAACAGGAGAAAAUGGUUAUGUUAGACCAACAUGUCCGUUAAAACCAGUAUACUGAUUGCUGAAUAACAAAAUUGUAUUGUGUUUUAAUAUGUUUGCAAGCUGUCAUUGUCUUUAAUAGAUCUAUAAUAGAUACAAAAACAAGACUUUUUCUAAGGUUGAGCUCAAGAACAAACUGUUGUUUUUGUAUCACUGAUAAAUAAAUAUUUUUGUAUUUAAACACGACUGUUUCUAUAAAGGUUGAGCUGAAGAACAAAAUGUUGUUUUUUGAGUUUGGUAUCACUGAUAAAUAAAUAUUUUUGUAUUUAAACACAAAUUUUUCUAUGAAGAUUGAGCUGAGGAACAAAAUGUUGUUUUUUGUGUUUUGUAUCGCUGACAAAUAAAUAAAUAUUGUUUGUAUUUGUAAAACUUAUUGAAUGGACUGUAAUAAACUAUAAUAUGUGAGGGUAAUUUACAGGUGGCCUAUUCGCUUAAUAUCUUCAACUUAUUUAAAUCUAGUGGCUUGAUGGAUUUCACUGUAUCAUUUAGAGGAUAUUUUGUAUCUAAAGGCAUGGGCAUCUCAUAUUUUGUUUUUGUUUUUUCAUCCAAAGGAUAUUGGGGUUUUCCUAUAGCUGAUUUAUAUCUACAUAAAUUAGGAACCAAAGGGUAUAAAUGUGUAAGCCCUUAUCAGGGAUUUUCUACAUUUUUUUAGAUUUAAAAUUUAAAAAAAAAUAAAACUAUGAAUGUUAUUUUACUUAGUGUUGCGUUCACCUUUAAAUAGUAGAUCUUAAAAUGCAUGAAUGUUAUUGUUUACAGCAAUAUAAACUGUGAAAAAGUCUACAAUUUUAGUUAAUAUUUCAUAAAUUCAUAAAAGACCAACUCUAUGUUUGAAAAAAAUUAUCAAAAUAUUUCAGUUUGACUUGGAACAUAUAGAAACUUUGGUUCCAGUAGAUCUGUUAUCUAAAAAUUUAACUGAAGCAACAGAAAAAAAAACAAAAAAAAUUAGAAUGUUGGAAUAGAUACAUUCAAUGAUUUAUUUCAAUGAAAUAGUAGCACCACAUUUAUAAUACUUUUUAAUAUAAAAUCUAUUCAGAUAGCACAGUAAAAAAAAUAUCAGCAUGAUACCAUGGUGCAAUAAGGCCCUGGGGAGAACACUAAAUACAUGUAGUGAGAUAGUUAAAACUGAUUAACUACUUGACCAUUGACAACUUAGUUAUUUUCAUUGAUUUAAUCAUUAGAUCAUCGUUUAACUCUGUGACAUGUGGUCAAUUACAAUUAUUCUUAAUAUGAGCUGCAUCUGAUAGAAAUUGACCGUAUACAAUUGAAUAUCAAUACAUCUGUUAAGUUAAACCUAUUUCCGGUUGAAAAAAAUCUGUACUGAAAGUCUGUAACUGUUUGAAAAUUGAGUUAGUACAAGAACCCUACAAAACAGUCCAAAAUCAAUCAAAGUCUUAUACAUAUACAUGUAUACUUGCACUUGCAUAAAGUCGAUUUCUAUCCGACACAGCUCAUAUAUAAAGCAUUCAUUGUUUUAAUGUUCAUGGUUUUAUUAUAUUAUAAUUCUCAGUUGUAUUGACGUUAUAUAUUGUUUUGUUGUACGCAAUCCUGCCAUUGUUAUUACUUUAUUUAUAAUAUUACUUACAUUAGAAUACUUACUACAAUUUUUACUUUUCAUUUAAAAAAAAAUUGUUUACCAAAACUUCGCAAACAUUUAUUAUCACUUUCAUCAUACAACAUCAACAUUUUUUGAUAGUCAUGGAUAAGUCCAGAGAGUUUACAAAAUGCAUGUACCAAGAUAAAGUUGACCAAAAAGAAAUUAAACAUCCUUAAUAUCUAUUGCAAUUAUAUAUUAACCCUUUAUUUUCAUAACAAAUCUUUAAUUAAACUUUUUUUCAAACUUUAUAUUUUCAAUCAUUUUGUUAUCAUUUUUAUUAUCUUUUAUAUUUUGAAUUAUGAUUUAAUUGCAUAUAAAAAAUGAACAAACAGAUGUAUAUUUGGGAAACAUCAUUCUCUCAGGUUCAAAUUUUUGUAGUACGUAAUCAAUAAAAGCUAUUUUUGAAAUAUACAAAUUUAAAAACAUAAGUUUGAUUUGCAAUUCAAUGUAGAAAUCAUUUUUCAUCACAGCAAAUGUGAAAAUUUCAUAGGUUCAUCGUUUCAUUUUCUUAUAAAACAAGAUCUGGUAUAUAAUUGGCUGUAUUUAACUAUUAGAGAAAGGGAUGACAUGUGAUAAUUUCGUUGAUUCAUCAUUUCAUUUUCUUAUAAAACAAGAUCUGGUAUAGUGAUGGUUGUAUUACACUUUACGAGAAAUGGAUGACAGCUUAGGUUUGCUCUAGACAAUUUUCUUAUUUUUGUAUUAUUUGUAGUUUUAUAGGAUGAAGAUAUAAAGUACCAACCUUCAUGGAUUGAGUUAGAAUUCUAUUUUGGUGGAUACUUAGUUUUGACAAAUUAUGUUUACUCUAUAGCAAAUUUGUAUUUCGUGUAAUUUCUGAAGUUGGUGGUAUAUAAUCCACUAAAUACAUGAAAAUUAGUACCCUGAAUAUAAAUAGUAUAAAUACUUAUUAUGAAUCCACAAGAGUUUAGAAAUUGCUUUAAGAUAUUUCAAGCUUUGUGCCAAAGAGAGAUCUAGUCAGAAUUUUUGUCUCAUGUGGUAUCAAAGUUAUAUAAGGAGAGAGUUUUAAGGUAUUCUGAUCCGAGUGUGCAGUGAUGGUGGUGUAAAAAUAUCCAAACUUUUGUCAUCCAAAUAUAUUUAAUGCCUCGUUCACACGUACAUUUAAUUCAAAUCGAAUGCGAAUAGAAUUCGCUAAUCGAGUUCACACACUCAUCUUUUUUUAAUUUGAAUAGAAUUCGAAUUUGCUAAUUCGCAUUAUCCAAUUCGCAUUAGAAAUGCGUUUUCGUUAAUGCGAAUUAGUUAAUUCGUUUUAAUUCAAAUUUAACUGUUGUGUGGACACUUUUUAAAUUGUAAUUCGAAUUAGAUUAUUGCUGCGUUCACACGUAAUUCGAAUUCGAUUCGCAUUAACUAAUUCAAAUUAGUUUAAUUCGCAUUCGAAACGUUUUAUAUCCAAACGUAAAUUCUAAUUCAAAUUGCAAUGCGCGUCAAAUUAGCUUUACUGUCCGAACGACGUUAACUUUUAAUUCGUAUUAUCAAAAACGCAUUUCUAAUCCGAAUUGGAUAAUGCGAUUUAGCCAAUAAGAAUCAAUUCGAAUUAAAAAAGAAGAGUGUGUGAAUGCGAUUAGCGAAUUCGAUUCGCAUUUAAUUCGAAUUCAAUUUGAAUUAAAUGUACGUGUGAACGAGGCAUAAUAAGAUGUGGUGUGAUUGUCAAUUAGACAACUCUUCACCAGAUAUUUAGUAUGCUAAUGGCUAUUGCAUUAAAAUGCAUGCAUUACAUGAGAUUAAAGUCAUCAUCCCCUUAAAUUAAGUCAUGCAUUAUUUACUUUUCAAUAACAGUAUUGUGUUCAUUUAAGUGUUAAGAUUAAUUAUCAAAAUGGUAGUCCAAUAUUGUAAUGUAAUAUUCCUGAGAAGGAGAGUCCUUAAAAUUAUCUAGAUUGAAGUCAUUAGCUUUGCAUGACACAGUAUGUGUAGUAAUAAACUGGUUAACAAGUACCUAGGAACAGUUUAUAGUUUAGUAUUUUGUACAAGCUUUAAGUCUUAAAAAUGUAUGUCACCUGGUAUCAAAGUUUUUUUUUUCUAUGACAUGAAAUUUAUAGGAUAAAAUGAUAAAAUAUUUGUUUGAAUGGGUUAUUGUAUAUUGUGAAAUUUAUAAACACAUGUGAAUGCAUAAUCGGCUAUUUUGUGUUCUUUGGUCGGGUUGUUGUCUCUUUGACACAUUCCCCACUUCCAUUCUCAAUUUUAUGUAAACACCUUUUUUAUGAUACUUGUGUGGAUGCGCUCAGAAAAAUUCUGAAUAUAGCAGAGAAUAACAGAUUUUUUGAAAGUGGAAAAAACUUUUCUAAUGGACAAAUUGGUUCCUGCCUAUUCAAAGCAAGUCACAUGAGCAUGAGUAAGUUUUGCAUGGACUGGAAACAAUCUGACUCCUACUCCAAAGUUGUCUCCCAUUGAUGAAAAUUCUAAUUUGAAAUAAUUUUGUGCUUGAAAUAAACUAUUUUAUCAACCUUUGUAUAUUACUAUCUUGCUGAUCUCAAAUCAUAUGAAGGAUAAAAUCUAUGGCAUGCUUAAUUUGUAUUUAUUCAACUUAUAAGAAAUUUCCUUUCCUUAAAAAGGAAUUUUCAAUGAUAUCUUAUAUCUUUUAUAUAUAUCUAAUGAAAAUAGUAGAUGUCUUAUAAACCUUGCUUUUAAUUAUAUGAGUACAAUGUAUAUGAGAUAUCUUGAAUGUUAAAUGAAAAAGAAUAUGGUGUGCCAUGAAAGCCAUUUUAUUUUUUUCUACAGUAUAAAUCUUGUUAUCUCCUCUUGACUACAAUGUUUUCUUUAGUACUGUACACACGUAAUGGUAUUGUGGGGCCAAUUGUUUUAUAAAAACUAUAAGGGGAAUAACUCUACAUAUACUUUAUUCACAUUUUACCCUUUCUUGUUCACUUCGUGGCUAUUUAAUUUCCUGAUUUUCUAAUUUACUUGACGUAGUUUAAUAAGGAAAGAUCCAAGAUAUUUUCAACGAUUUAUAUUCGCGUUAUCUUUCUAUUUUUAUUUUGCCAAAGUCGCGAAAAUAAGUUGAUUUACAGUAUGACAUAAUAGAAAGGUAUUUAUAAUCCUUGUACUCUGAUAUAUAUUGUUAUAUACAAUUUAAUUGUGAUCAAAAAAUAAAUUAUAUAUUUCUUGA